AUGCUUCGAAGAAAGCCUACGGCCAUUACCGUCACCAGUGAGGACAUUGCUGCAUUCGAAGAAGCCAGAAUCCGCAAGCAGGAGGAAAACAAACACCCCGAGCAAGGGCAGAGCGGCGGCACCGCAAACUACGACCCAAGUGAUGAAUUGAAGCCUCUACCUGGAGAUAAGGCGAGAAUCGUUCGCUCGCGCGAGGAAAGAAUUGGGGUUGGCCGCCAUGGUUGA